AUGAGACAGACGGCUUUCAUCGCUGGCCUUGCGGCCAUGUUGCCCUCUGCCGCCCAGGCGUGGUCCGCUCCAGCAUUCCUGGACUCCCGUCAGAACAGCCGUCCCUACCAAGACGUCGUUUGCAAGCCUGCGACUGGUUCUGGCAGCCAGCUUCCCCCUUGCGUCCAGAUAGAGAACAUUGAGGUCGCCUGCAAGCCCAACGGCACUGACCCGAUCGACUUUGAGGCCCAUGCCCAAUGCAUGUGCGGCGGCUCCUUCUUCGCCGAGAAGUUGGCCUGCGAGCGAUGCCUGUUCGUCCACGGCCUUCGGAGUGAGCGGUCCUUGGCUUUCUACAGCGGCGUUCUCUCGUCUGUCUCCAAUGCCCUUUGCACCGGUACGCCAACCGCAACUUACGCUGCCAUCUACUCCAACAUCGAGGCUGCUGCCACUCCUGUCACCACUGGUGCCACGACCACGAGUGACCAAGCCCCCAGCAACACGGCCAUUUCCCUCUACUACACGGCUAGCGGCCCUCAGGGUCCCGGCAGCAUCACUGGCGAGGCUGCUAGUGCUACCGCCACCAGCAACGACACAACUGCCAAUCCGACUACCACUGCGACUGGCUCGACCACGAGCGGCAGUGCCUCCACUCGUGCCCCCACUCGUGCUUCCACCACUGCUGGUACGGCUACCGGCGACGCGGCCACAACCACGUCCGCCUCCGGCAAUGGUGCGGUGCCGACCUACGCUGUAGGCGGCCUGAUGAUGGGUGCCGCCGGCCUGGCGGUGUUUGCGGGUUUGUAA